AUUGACAGCAAACUGAACUCGGGCGCACUCGAGCAAAAAACGGAGUUAUUUUAGUACAGAAGGACACCAGUCAUGUGAUGUACAGAACAGAAUAAGCAAAACGUAAACCUGAGCAAAACGUCCACCUGAACAGUAAACAAUGGAUCCUUUGGUGGGAAAUAAAAUCGUUGCAUUUUUCAUCAUAUUCUUGGUCACCCUUUUCUUCGGUCUAUUACCUUGCUGUGUUGUGAGGUGUCUGCAGGCCUCGCUAAUCAGAGGGAGAAUUCAUAGUGUCAUCAGUCACCUGAACUGUUUCGCUGGUGGCGUGUUCUUGGGAACCGCGAUGCUGCAUCUGUUGGCGGAAUCUGAGGAGGGCGUGAGGGAAGCCUUGGAUGCCAGGAAUUCCACUAUCCACUACCCCAUCACGGAAGUGACCGUAAGUGGGGGAUUCUUUAUCAUACUUAUUCUGGAGGUUGUGCUCCUAAGAAUUAUGCACGGUGUUGGGCAUGGACCCGGUGAGAAAAACGAUAGCUCUCAGAAAAUCGGACAUGGUUACAAGCGCCUGGAAGACGGCAAAAACAUGGUUGCUGAUGUAAAGGAAGUGGAAGAUCAUCUUUCUGCUUCUGGUGUGCAUGAUGACGUCAGAGAGGUCAUUAAGGAGACGCGCUCACCCCUGCGUGCGUCCCUUUUCGUGCUAGCAUUGUCUUUACACAUGAUAUUUGAGGCCUUGGCCGUUGGACUACAAAAUACGGAAUUACAAGUUUGGGCGCUGUUGCUGGCUAUUUCACUACACAAGUGCAUCGUGUCUUUCAGUGUGGGGUUGGAGAUGCAACAAAUUUUGGAAACCAGGUGUAAAAUGGCUGCCUUUCUUCUCGUGUUCUCAUUAUUGUCGUCCGUUGGCGUCCUCCUUGGUAUGUUAAUCACGGAGAAUGGGACUAGUUCGUCGCUGACUAUUGGGCUGCUACAGAGUGUGGCCACAGGGACGUUUUUCUACGUGACCUUCUUCGAGAUCUUGCAGAGAGAAUUUUCCCAUUGUCACAGUAUAACGAAGCUGUUUCUUUGUUUAAUAGGAUAUGCUGUUAUUGCAGGACUGAAAACUCUAGAAAAGGACUGAUUCUGAGCAUCGUGAAGUUGUAUGUCCGGGAUGACCACACUAGUAAAUGUGUUGACCAUCCUGUUCGUGGUACCGUGUCUCUAACAGAAUUAUAGACUGCCAUCUGUUUUGGACUUUCAAAUUGUUUCUGCUUUUUAAUAAGUAAUUUAAAUGGUAGUUUUAUUGCACGCACGCACACACACACUACCGCAUGUACGGACACACAAACACAAACUUUACUGAUGGGAUGACUUGAAAAUGUUAUAGCUCGUAAGAAAUCUUUUAUAAUAAAUCACUCUAUUCUCAA